CUGUGAGCCAAUUACACCUAUGCGCGCGCCUUGGGCAAUCGGAAAAGACAGGAGAGGUGAAAACCCGCAAUUUUUAGCUAAGUAGCAAACCGGCUAACCCGCUGUCUUUAAACUAGAAACCACAGCAAACAAAUAACAAUGUCUGAGGAAAAGCCGAAGGAAGGUGUGAAGACGGAGAAUGACCACAUCAACCUGAAGGUAGCUGGUCAGGACGGCUCUGUUGUCCAGUUUAAAAUCAAGAGACACACUCCCCUCAGCAAACUGAUGAAGGCAUACUGCGAAAGACAGGGAUUGUCAAUCAGACAGAUCAGGUUUCGAUUUGACGGACAGCCUAUUAAUGAAACAGACACACCUGCACAGCUGGAGAUGGAGGACGAAGACACUAUUGAUGUAUUUCAACAACAGACAGGUGGAGCCUCCUAAAGCUGGAUCCAACCUGUGUUCAGAGGACUCCACACUUGAAAAGCAUCCACUCAAUUAUUAUUUGUUGUUUUUAAUCCAUUUAAGUCAUUGUUCCACUUUUCCACCAGUUUAUCUUUUUUGUGAUCUGUCAGCACCUAGCCCUACAUGUUAGCAUGGAGAGGCAGGAUUAUGUCAUGUAGGGUUCAAACCUAACUUGAGAUCUGCAUGCUUAACUUGAAUUCUCCCUUAAAUGUCCCAUUAACAUCAAUGCAUGAUGAUCCCAGGUGUACAGGCAGAACUCAAGCUGGGAUUUGACCCACAAUGAAAACGGCAGCCAGACAAUGAUAAGGAGGUAGAGGUGACCUACUUUAAAGUUUAUCCUGAUCGUAAGAUUACCUGCCACGCAUUUAAUAAUUUCUGGUUUACAUUCAUAGAGAUUGAAAGCGUUCAGCUUUUGAUUCAUGUUUAGGGAAGAUGUAUUUAUGUUUCAUACUGUGGACAGAUGUGAGGGGGAGGGGGGAGUUAUUAUCCAUCACAGAUUGAGAGACUUUUAUUGGCAUACAGGUUUCAUAUGCAACGUGCUGUCAUUAGUCACCCGUGUUAGAUGGAUGCAGUCGCAGAAUAAAUGGUCUAAUUUCA